AUGGCGGAACAGAACCUGUUUUCGUUCGUGCCAUUAUGCCACCAAAAGCACGGCGUAGAGACAGACCGAAGCCGCGUGACAACUCUACAGUUCCAGUCGCAAAAUGUCGUGUUACAAACCGUACUGCACCUCGGGCAAACCUCCCCGUAUCAGUGUGGUUCGAUCCGUGCCCAGCUCGCCAGCGGUGCCUACGACGUCCUCUGUUCUUCCAUCCGCGACAAAAUCGUGUCGGAGUUUCCGUUGAUGGUGACGGACGAGUUGCUAUGGUUACUGGUCCCCCCCCACACGAAAAACUUGGACCUGUCCAGGUGCUGCAAUGUAUCGUGGGAAGGAUUGUCGAGGGUUCUAAGAAGAUGCCACAACCUGAGGUCGCUGACCCUUGCUGACCUUGGCCCUGACUGUCACAUGACCUUUGACCUCUGCAGUAUUCCCCAGGCGUGUCCUCAUCUGACCUUCCUCAACCUGGCCUCAUCUGAGGUCGAUGAUUGGGUUGUUUGGGAAGCGUUACGACUGUGGCCUUACCUAUCCCACCUGGACCUGUCCUACUGCAACAACCUGACUGAUGACUGUUUCCACCUGCCGGAGAUGGAGGAACAGGAGGAGGAGAAGGAGGAGGAUGGACCAGUCCUCACAUCUGGAACAUCAGUCUGUUCUCAAAGGAACAUCAAGAAAUCUCAUCCAGGUUGCAAACUGGUCAGUGUGGACAUAUCCGGCUGUGUAUAUCUGACGACAAAAAGCAUCAGGCACCUAACCGAGCUGUGUGGGCCAACCCUGCAGGCCCUCAACAUGGGAUUCACUGGAGUGGAUUGCAGUGCAUUGUGGUUCCUGUGUGGGUACAGCCUCUCCACCGCUGUCCAGCUGGCUGUUGCCGUUGACAACAACCAGGUAACCGGGGGCAACCAGGGGGCGUGUCCACCCAUGCAGGACAACCGGCUGCUCUCGCCCGACCUCAUCCACAAAAUCCUGGCGGGAGAACUUCACCAUGGAAACCAACAGCCAAUCACCAUAGGGCUUGUUAACGAAGAGAGGGAGGGAGAAAGUAGUAGAGAAAGAGCUUUUGGACAAGUUUCAGAAGGAGGAGAGGAUGCCUUAAAACAUGUGACGGAGAUGGAAUCAAAUAACUCCAUGACUCCACUUGAUAGUUGUGAGGGCAAAAAGAAUUCAAGUUCAUCUGACCAAUCAGAGCCAAGACCUGAGAUUCAAGCCAGCAACAGCCAAUCAGUGCCUGGUACAUGUAAUUCUACUGACCAAUCAGAAGCAAAAGAAACCAUGUCUUCUGACACCAUACUAGACAGUCUGUCAUUGGAUGAUGUUGAGUUAAUAGUACCGGAGAAAGCAACAGUAGAGGAAAGUUUGGCUGUGCAGAGCCCUAAAAUUUCAAGUUCACUGUCAGUAACAGACACUCAGAGUUCUUCAGAUGGCAGCUGUUGUCUAACAACUACUUCACAUCAACCCAAGAAUGCAUGGGGUGAAGAAGGAUUGUACAAAGAAGACAGUGUGGCUGUGAGGAACCGUGAAGUUCCAAGUUCACUGUCAGACUCAGACACUCCACUAUUGAACUCUUCAGAUGGCAGCUGUUCAAGUUUUACCAGUUCGCAUCAACCCAAGAAUGCUUGGGGUGAAGAAGAAUUGUAUAAAGAAACCAGGCCUUCAGAAAGACCUCAGAAACUGAAGACAAAGCCAAGAAAGGAGAAGACAUUCCAACUACAGCGUUUCCAGCCUAAUAUCACUUCUUUAGACAUGAGUGGAAUUAGUAUGAGUGGAAUGACUAUGAACACUGGUAGUGACGAUAUUGGAAAUGCCUGCAUCAAGGCAUUUGUCUCGGCCAAUAGGAACCUCCGUAAGUUGUCCCUCACAUGGAAGGACAUCAGGGAUGAGACGGUGGAGUUCAUUGGUCAACAUGCAAAGGACCUGAGAUACCUCUCCAUGAUUGACUGUGACAGGACCUCUCCUUUCAGUCUGGCUUGUCUGGCACAAAACUGCAACAAACUCGAGUAUUUGGAUGUCAAAGGGAUGAGUUUUAUCGGAGACGCAGGCUUGGUCCCGCUGGUUGUGAACAAUCGCCAACUCCAGACCCUGAGUCUAGCAGAGUGCAACAUCACAGACAGGGCACUGGACAAAAUCUCAGGUGUCCUGGGGGAGGGGGUGAGUUCGGCCGGGUUCCUUCCUUCCUUCCUUCCUCAAAAAUUCACUGUGUCCAAAUUUGAGUUGCAUAAUUGUUUGUUUAUUUGUUUGUCUCAGCUGACUUGUCUUGACCUGUCAUGGUGUGAGGAGAUCACAGACUCGGGGCUGUCCGGUGUAGUAGGUGCCUGCGUGAACCUGCAGCAGCUGUCCCUGCGACAGUGCCUGUCUACAGCGCACACACUGGUCAGGCUGGGGGAGAACUGCAGGCACCUCAGAUCUCUCAUGAUGUCUGGUGUAGAAGGCAUGUCAGACGGGGUCCUGGUCAGUAUGGUGGAGAGUUUGGGGCUCCUGGAGGAACUGGACGUCAGCUGGAACCUCGGCCUGACGGAUGUGUCCAUCUGCCGCGUCCUUGUCUGUUGCCCCCGGUUACGGGAUGCGAGACUGGCCGGGCUGAAGAGGAUCACAUCCAAACCCUUCCUACCCAUAAUUUCAGACCUUGCCAGGUGGCGCCGGUGUCAGUCUCUGCUGAAGCUGAAGGAAAAGGAGAGGCGAGUGUUCGAGGAGGAGGGAGAGGAGACCUGGUCCAGCGAUGAGGAAUUUGAAGACUUGUACAUCCCCCAUCGCUCGGCCAGCUACGCCCCGUGUCUGCACGACCUUGACCUGGAGUAUUCCGACAGUGUCAACGACGAUUAUCUGGCAGAGAUUGUGGCGGUUUGCCAUGGAACGUUGCGAAUCCGAGACUACUACGGAGAGCAAAUUCAACCAAAGUGGACAGGAACUAUGCACUUUUUCAUGUAGCUAACAUUGUUACGCUAUACAUGUAAUUGUUACAUGUAG